ACACAUUGACAAGAGCACGAGGAUGACCAAAUCAGAGGUGGUGCAGGGCAGGACACCAAACUGUGGCAAAACCACAGCCCGCGGAUUUGUCCAAUCAUGCCAAAUGUACUCUAACUAUCCAGUCUAGACCGGAUGGCAAAGACCAUCAGCUGGAACAGACUGCUCUAGAACCAUGAUGCAGUCUGCUCCACCUGUUCUCCCACGGAAACACUCAUUAAUCAGAGUACUGCAGCCUCCAGGAGCUAUCAGCCUAGACCACAAAGUGAAUGGAGCUCAGGCUAAAAAAAUAAGUCCACCAACAGUUAAUGCAGAAAGAGAAGUGGAACUCUUAAAUCACUGCUUCGAUGAUGUGGAGCGCUUUAUGGGCCGUCUGCAGCAGGCAGCCGAGGCGCGGAGCGUUCUGGAACAGCGCUCCAAGAACAAGAAGAAGAGCAGGAGAAAGAGCAAGAAGGAGAAGGAUGAUGACCUGCUGACUCAAAAAGCGGCUCCUCCUGAGGAAGAAGAAUUUGUGGACAUUUUUCAGAAAGUCAAGUAUUCCCUCAGUCUGCUGGAUCGUUUGAAAGCCUCAUUAUCACACCCCAGUUCAGAAGUGCUCAUCCACUCUGUCUUUACUCCACUGAACUUGAUGGUGAAAACCACUGGAGGUCCCUCAUUGGCUGCGUCCGUGUUGAGUCCAGCGCUCACCAGUGGAGCGGUCACCCUGCUGCAGGACACCCUGACAGAGGAGGAGAAGGAGCUGUGGACGUCACUGGGACCCAACUGGACCUCAACACAUUCUCAGCUCGGUGAGGCCGUGUCUCCUUUCACUCCCGUGUUCCUGGAUGGCUGGCAACCGGCGCUGUGUGACGCGGAUGGGCACCCUCUGGAGGAUCCUGUUGAGUCACAGCAGAGAUACGAGACUUUAGUGGAGAGCCAGGCAGCCCAGCAGGAGGCUGAAAUUCCACAUCAGUCAACAACUGAAGUGGACAGUGGAGGCCUGGCUCCAGAUGCUGAGAGGCAGUAUCGCUGCAGUUAUGACUUUGUGGCCAGAAACAGCAGUGAGCUUUCUGUCCUGCAAGGGGAGACACUUGAGGUGAUCGAGUCAUCCAAGCGCUGGUGGAAAUGCAAGAACAGCUACGAUCAGAUAGGCUUUGUCCCUUUCAACAUCCUGGAGCCUCAGUCUGCCGCUGAAAAUGCAGACGCUGUUCAAAGGCGACAAUCCAAGAGAGUGCCCAUAGCUCCACCGGCGCGGAGUUUCUCCUACUCGGCCUCCAGUCCUGUGGAGGCCACGCCCCCAGGCUUUGAUGGCCUGCCAGCGGGGGAGGCAGGGGGAGAUGCAGGGGUGUAUAACGACGAGCUCAUGCAACGGCUGGCAAAUGGACGAUCGGGGUCAAUCCGGCCACUGGUCAUCCCCCGGGCAACAGAGACCUCCGCCCCACUCGACUACCACUCACCCCCUGCAGAGGUCCAGAGCUGGCUCAGAGGCAAAGGAUUCAGCGAGGAAACGGUGCAGAGUCUGGGGAUUCUAACAGGAGCUCAGCUCUUCUCACUAAACAAAGAGGAGCUGCGCGCAGUCUCUCCAGAAGAGGGCGUCAGAGUCUACAGCCAGAUCACAGUGCAGAAAGCCCUGUUGGAGGAUGUCAGGAACGCCACCGAGCUGGAGGAGGUGAUGGAGAAACAGAAAAUGAAGGUGGCUUUGAAAAUGGAGGCUGAACAGAUAUAACAUACAUAAGCUCUCUCUCUCUCUCUCUCUCUCUCUCUCUCUCUCUCACUCUCUUUCACUGACGCAUACUCGCACGCACGCAUACACACACAUGCGCGCACGCACACACACACAUGCCCACAUGCAUGCACGCACACACACACACACACACACACACACACACACACACACACACACACACACACACAUACACACACUCACACACACACACACACACACACACACACACACACACACACACACACACACACACACACACACACACACACACACACACACACACACACACAAACACAGAAA